CUUUAUAAGUAUUUCUGUGAAAUCUUUCUAUUCCUGUAGAUAUAGCAAAAGGAGAGGAAAAACGCUUACCCAAGGAUGCACCGUUUGGGCCACUCUUUUAUUUCCUUGAUUCAAGUACCCGCCUUAGUCAUUUCGUCUCGAACUAUUAUAGCUGCGAAAGGCGUUGUUGAAAAUCGUAUAAUCAAGCACUAUACGAAUCGCACCGUGGAGCAAUCCAAAGCUGAACGUGAGGCAAGCAUCGAUGCGGCGCGGCACCCCAAUCCAAUGAGCCGAAAGGAGGAGCUUAGCCACCUAACACACCAAUGCAGCUAUGAAUACGUUCCGGAAUUUCAGCGGUGGGCAAAUGAUAUGAUGGCAGUGUACAACGAUCCGCAAGGUUAUGGGCAAGAUAUGGCGUAUCAUUAUCAUCGCAUCUGGAAGGCGAAAAGUCCAACUUGCAGAGGCAUUGAAGAUGGUAGCGGAGCGUGUGAAAUUUGUAGGGUUCAUCCUCACAGCUAGAAUUGAGAACGGUUGUGAGUAAUAUGCUAGGGAAGUAUCAUUGGUAGUAAUAUUAUUAUCAGUAUUGUAUUUUUUUUCUAGGACUUGUAGAACA